CUAACAAUCGAAUUACUGUCGAAUCGAAUUCUAAAUGUUUUUGUUUACGGAGUUGAGGUUAAGUUUGUAAACAAACUAUGUCAGGAGGGGUGUUUAUGAUAUCUGCUUCUGGACAAAUUGAAAGUGCCGUGUUUCAUGAAUUCGACGAUAUAUACUGUAAAUAUUGUUUUGUGUAUGGUCCUGAUUGGGUUGUUACUUCGGGAGUUGAAGAAGGCAUUUCUCAGAUAGUAAAGAGAAGUAGGGACGAGAGACAUCUGUUUGUAUGGAACUUCCCUUUGGAUGUCACAUUCAAGAGUACAAAUCCUUAUGGUUGGCCACAGCUGGUUGUGAGUGUGUAUGGUUUGGAUAUGUUUGGCAAUGAUGUGGUACGAGGAUAUGGUUUAUGUCACUUGCCCAUUGCAGCAGGAGUGUAUAAAAAGACGUUGGCCAUGUUUGUACCUGAAUCAACAUCACUUCUACAGAAGCUAACUUGCUGGUUAACAGGGCGACGUCCUGAAUAUAUAGAUGCACGUGUACUUGCUCAAGGUGAAGGGAGAGAAGUGACACGGGUUCGAUCACAGGGGCGGAUGAAAGUUAAUUUCAGUGUGGUCACAAAGGAUCUUGCCAGAUUUGGAUACAACAACCACAGAAUAGACGCAAACAGUGCAACUUGUACAAGAUCACACCAGUGAAGUAUAAUGAAAUGUGAUGUGUUUGAUAUUUACAGUGAUAUUUAUUUAAGUACACGUGAAUAUAUGACAAUAUUAAAAUAUCUGGCAGCAGUUAUCUUCUUGUGGAGUGCAGUCUCUUUUUGAUUGGCUGUCAUCUGAAACAGUCAUAAGUCCAUGAGUUUCAGUCUUGGACGAGUGAAGUUCUAUUUUCAUAAUAUAAGUAUCCUAAAAUGUUAUGUGAUUUAAAUGAUUUAUAAUGGAAUUCCUGUAAGACAACCAGUGUGUUUGGACUGAACUACAUACUUACAGCUAGUGCUUAGAAUCAGCCAGUAUAUGCCAGUAUACAAUACUGGUGCUUCUUUUUGUCUCUGAAUUCCAUACCAGUACAAAAUUUUCAUACCAGUAUAUCACUUCUAAAUAUUGGACAUCAGCCGAAUUUGCAAAACAGACUAAAAAUGUGGAGAGAAGGAAGUUUAGUUAACAUUAUGCAUAGGGGCAAUAACACAUGUAAUGAUUUCGAGAUAAUAAUAUUCCAAAUGGAGACAAUAAAGAGAAAGCCACCUACAAGGGAAUUAAAAUGAUCCUAAUAAGUACUUUUUGUGCAUAAAAUAUGGGCCUUUUGCUGGAAACACUGACAGAACUUGAUGAUCUGUCCUUAGAAAUAUCAAAGCAUUCUCUAUCACUAAUAAAUGCUCAUAGACUCUUGGAAAUCAGAUGCUGAGUGAGUCAGUAUGUUCUAAUCUACGGAGUAUUUUUAACAGGCUCUGAAUUCUGCUACUCGAAGGAUUUUGCAACGUACCCCUUUGUACAAUUUUUUAGAAUUCUCUGUGGAAACCUAAAAACCAGGAUGCUAAGAACAAUGGCUGUAUGCACAUUGUUCUAAGACUGGCAAUAUUCAGUUCCAGUACACCAAGAUGAUUAAGUGUUUGGCAGUUCGUGAUGAAACAGAAUGGCCAACAGAUUCAGAUAUUUGUUUUGAUGAUGGCCCCAUCAAAUCUCUGGGAAAGUUUCUCAACAUCAAAAUGGGAAUUGUUCAACAAUGCAUUCAUGCUUUUCACUUUGUGCUAUCCUCGGAACCAACCACAGUACUAAAAAGUCAAAGUCAUCUCAAACCUUUACUUGAAAUAGUACACACAUUGAUCAUAUUUAUGGCAGGGUGUGAACAUUCAUUUAUUAGCAUGAAUGAUGUCUUCACUCAUACUAGUAGUUUGCUGUAGUUGAAAACUAUCUUUCAUGAAAUAUUUAUAAAAAAAAUGGACCUCCUAUACAACAUUUUCACCCAGAAGGAUUUGUUCAGAGUUAGAUUGGGAAAGGCAGGCACCAUGCUAUGUUACAAAAAGUAGACUGUACCUCACUGGGAAAAGAAUGGCCGAGGAUCCCCUUGAGUGGAAGCAGAGUGUAAGCAUUAUGCCUGAUUCAUAAGAAAUUUCAGGUAUACAUAUAACUCAGUGAUAAUGAAGAAUAUUUGACAAAUUUUGAUAUUGGUACUGAAUAAUUUUUAUACAAAUAUAAUGGCUUAGUUUUCAAAUUAAUAAAAGGUUUCUAGAAGAGGAAUUCCAGUGUAUACAUUUUUAUCCACAUUUCCUAGAAAUGCUUAUUGUGGUCUGGCAGAUGGCAGUAGAGCCAAGUUUGGCAUAAAGAAAUGUACUGACAGUUCUUAAUUUCUAUUUCAAACACUGUUUAUGACAGAUGUUAUGUAUGACCCUUGUUUGAGCAUUGGAAUGGUCACAUAGACUCGGUUUUCAUGAUGGAGGAUUCUGGUGUCUUCAGCCCAUCAUAAAAUUAUUAAAUGACA